AUGAGGCGAUCGGCACCAAAGUCCUUUUCUGGAUCGCCCCAGGAGUACCAAAGCAUCGGUCUCACCCGCUUUGAAGAUCAACCCAACAUUGCUCCAUCACCUGGCAGAGAGGGCUCUUAUCUUUCACCCCGGUCUGAAUUCGAUUCACCUCAUGUGGACCCAUUCAGCCCUAAUUUGCAUGACCCUUUCACCCCAGGAGGUAGAGAACAUAGUCAGGUCGAUCUGCUGGCCGCUGACCGGACACAUCACUUGUCCGCUGGACUCGGUGUCUACCACCAGCUUGGUCCCCCAGCACAACCUCCGAAAGGUCCAUGGUGGGAGAGGCUUGUAAAGAAUAAGUGGUCCAUGGUAGCAUGUCUCGUUCUUGGGGCUGCAGCUGCCGUGGGCCAUCAUAUUCUCUACAGCCAUCUCCACAAUCGCAUAGCUACAAACCAGCAAUGGUGGCUCCGACUGGGUCAAUUUCUGGCCUUUAUUGCAAAAGCUAGUUUCGUUGUUGCUGUUUUAACAGCUCAUCAGCAGGUCGCUUGGAGUGCUGUCAGCCAAAAUAGCUAUACUGUCCAUGCUAUCGACUCUCUUUUCGGCGCGGCCCACAAUGCUUUCGAACUCUUUAACAGAGAGGCAUGGAAGAAGUCGGCAUUCGCUAUGGUUCUUGCUAUAUACAUCUGGAUGUCACCUGCUGUAGUCAUUUUUACUUCGGCAACACUCAGUGUAGUAACAGAUACGAGAGCCGAACAUGGAAAUUGUCCAUCCGUCCGAACCCUCAACUUCAGCAAUGACGCCAAGAAAAGCUGGGACGACGAUAAAAGAGCUAAGAACGAGACCAUGCGUGGAAUCUCACUGUCAAUGUUCAAUCAAGUUAUAGCAGACAGGAACUCUCCCUAUCAUUUCGACUACUGGCUCCAGUCCGCACCGCCGCUUGAUUCCAUCGCGUCAAGGGUCUUGGCCGGAGGACAACCGAUCCAGAGAGAUGAAGUGGCUGAUGAGAUCUGUGGAGAAGACUGGGACUGCUCUACCACGAUUAGCUUUCUUGGACCCGGAUACAAAUGCGAGCAACUGGCCAAAGGCACCAACUCAACAAUGAAAAGCUUCAAAGAUUACAAGACACCUUUUAAUCUUACCGAGAUGUUGCCCGUCGGAAAUGCGAGCUUGUAUGUCGUUGCGGAUUUGGGGGAAUACAAGGUGAAUCAGAUCAAAGUCGAUGAGAACAACAAACCAGUGGUGAAGCCCCCAUUUCCCAAAAACUUGGGUGCUUUGAGAACAGAGCCAGUACUGUGGAUGGGCUACGUUGAGGUGGAUAACAUAGACGAAGCGCAUGCAAAGAAUCGAAGUAUGAAGGGCUGGAACACUGACUAUACCCCAGUCAUCACUGCCUGCGAGCAUUGGGAAAUCAAGUAUACCGUCAACCUGAAUUAUACAGGUGGUCGCCAAUCAUACAAAGUCACCAAUCGAGAUUACAAACAAAAGGUCAUCAACACAACAUAUAUCGACGAGUCCUCCGUCAAUGACGGAACCCUCGACCCGAUAUUUGCUGAGCCUGAGGAGAACUAUGUCUUCCCAAAGGACUGGCCAUACUACCGCAAAAUAACAUCGUACCACUCUCUGGGAAAGAAGAUCCGCGAUCUUCUCCAAGGGUCGAUCCAGCUGCCAGGACCAAUUGCACACUCAUCAAUCACAACUUCGAAGUUGGUCGCCCGUCCUGAGUCUUUACCCGUCCCUAAUUUUGAGGACGCCUUACAAAAGCUCUACGAGGACCUACUCAUAUCCCUUCUCUCAGACCCAUUGCUUCUCGCUGUUGCAUGGGCUUCGCACCCGAACGAGCUCUCGGGCCGGGGUCCGGGUGGACCUGAUACAGAAUACCCAUGCAUUCGUAUGCGCACCGGCAGCUACUUCUUUUACAACUGGGGUGUCCUUGUAGUUGUUUAUGCAGCGUCGUUUCUUGUUGGGGUCAUGGGUGUGGCAUACGGCCUUGUAGUGAUGUGGCAAGAUGGAGUGAAAGAACUACGAGAGAUGUCGUUUUCCUCGAUCGCCAAAACGACACAGAAGAUGGACCUGGACCAAAAUGAAAAUAGAAGGAGCAGAAUACGGGCCGUGGAGGAGCGUCCUGGUAGUGGUAUAUUUGAGUUUAGGGUUGAAGAUUAUGAUCGAUGGGGUGGUAGUAAGGUUCCACGGACCAGAGAAACCUGA